GACUAGACAGCUAUGCAACGGCAUAUAAAUUUGACCAAAACCCGCCUCUGUUCGACAGUUUUAGGGAUUUUCUCGUCAAGUAGGAGACAAGACAGAACCACAACGAUGUUAGCUUUGAUAAUUUUUGUUUUGAUCCAGGGCGCGUUUGGUCAGAUUCCCGGGAAACAAUGUGGUGGUGUCGUCUGUCUGGAUAAUAAUGACGUCACGUGUAUUUCCGAUACGAACACGUGUAAAUGUAAAGACGGAAUGGUUGGAAAUGGACGAUUUGGAUGCGUCGAUGCUGCUAAGAGUUGCGUUUGUUAUCUCUAUGGUGAUCCAUACGUCACAGCUUUCUCCCAGAGUGUGAUGUCAGCACCGUUGCCUUGCCACCACGUUCUGACAGAAUUUACAACACCAGACGGAAUCUACGUGAAGAUUACCGCCACAGCAUCGUCAAGAAAUGAUCGACCUUAUCCCAGCUUUGUAUUUGAAGAUGGCUUAUCAUUUAUCGCUACAAAAGGCGAAACCAUGGCAACAGCCCUCUUCCGAAGAGAUGGAUUUUGGAAUAAAGGAUUAAAGGUAAAAUUGCCUGUCCGAGCUAAUUUUCCUGAUUUUGGAUUGUAUUGUUAUGCUGACCCAGCUCAUUAUUGGACUCUAGAAAUACCUGGAUUUGGUAUCGUCGUACGUUACAGGAGCGCCGAUUCAUCCCUUACUAUAGAAGCACCUAAAAACUCCCAAUAUGUCAGAAAUACUAUCUGCGGCGAUUGUGGUGACCCUCAAACGACCUACCGAACAAUGGCUCAAGCGGCUGGUAUGACGCUCAGUGAAUUUUCACUGGUUGGAACAGUGCAAAAUUUAGAUCCAGAAAACGAUGAAAACCCGCAAUGCAAGGACCUCGACCGUGUAUUCAAAGACUGUAGUCCGGACAAGAAAUCCGAAGCGUUGAAAUUUUGCGGAGCUCCUUUUAGUCACAAUGAUAUUGGAGAAUGUUUUGUCCAGGCCUAUGGACGAGGAGAGAUUCUAGGGAUGAUGAACGGUUGUAUUGAAGCUUUCUGUGGUGGUGUGACCGACAACUGGUGCAGUAAGACCAAUACAGCGAAAACACAAUGUACCGAAACAGUGGAUUUCUCAGUUAUACUUAAUAAAUGUUAAUUACAUGUAUAA